AAAUAAAAUACAAUCUUCAACAGAGGUAACUUUAUCUGCGUGUUCAUUCGUAUUGUUUUUUGUUUAAGAUCGCAUCUAUAUUUAUUUCGCAGAUCUUUUAAUUAUUAAUUCUAAAACCAAGAAAUAUAAAAAAAAUAACUACAUUUCCCAGUACCGUACUUCAACAUCCGCAUGUACGGGUUCUCUUAGUGGCUGGUGCACGGGUUGAACGUCCUUUCACUCCGACAUCUUGACGGUGGGACAUCAUGCCUCCUAAGGACGCCAAGGGGAAGGGGAAGGAUUCUGGGAAGUCCAAAAAGGACAAGGAUCCAGCCAACAAAUCUGGAGGCAAAGCCAAAAAGAAGAAGUGGUCCAAGGGAAAGGUGAGGGAUAAGCUCAACAACCUGGUCCUCUUCGACAAGGCCACCUACGAAAAGUUGAACAAGGAAGUGCCCAACUACAAGCUCAUCACACCAGCAGUCGUGUCCGAGAGGCUAAAGAUCAGAGGCUCUCUGGCCAGGGCUGCCCUCCAGGAACUGCUCAGCAAAGGCAUGAUUAAGUUGGUGUCAAAACACAGAUCGCAGGUGAUCUACACACGUAACACCAAGGGUCCCGAGGAGGAGGGUGGCGUUGUGGUUCCAGACAAGCCAGAGAAGCCUGAGAAGGCAGCUAAGGCAUCGAAGGCAGAGAAGGGAGAGAAGGAAGAGAAAGCAUAAACUGGUUGUGCUCUUGUGAUUCCUGCGUUCAGAUGUGUGAUGUAAGGUGAAUAAAAUUCUGAAAAUACAUUUG